AUGACCCCCCAGGUGAUGACCCCCCAGCAGAUGCAGCAGAUCCUGUCCCCCCCCCAGCUGCAGGCCCUGCUCCAGCAGCAGCAGGCUCUCAUGCUCCAGCAGCUGCAGGAGUACUAUAAGAAGCAGCAGGAGCAGCUGCACCUCCAGCUCCUCUCCCAGCAGCAGCAGCAGCAGCAGCAGCAGCAGCAGCAGGCAGGGAAGACGGCCAAAGAGCAGUUGGGCAGCAGUAAGGCGGUGGCGUUCCAGCAGCAGCUGAUGCAGAUGCAGUUACAGCAGCAGCACCUGCUCAACCUGCAGCGUCAGGGCCUGGUGGGCCUCCAGCCGGGCCAGGGGGCCGUGCCCAUGCAGAGCCUGCAGCAAGCGAUGUGUCCAGCCGACCUGCAGCAGCUUUGGAAGGACGUGGCGGGGGUGCAGAGUUCUGACGACAGCGUUAAACACGAAGGUCUGGACCUGAGCACCAACAGCUCCAACUCUACCUCAUACUCAGCCUCCAAGGGCUCCCCCCAGCUAUCCCACCAUUCCCUGCCAAAUGGACACAACUCUGCUCACACUCCAAAGAGAGACAGGGCGCGGCUGUUUGAGUGGAUCUCCUCCUUCUCCAAGGAGCCUGUGGAGGAGCACCUCACCCCCUACUCUAAACCCUACCUGAGCAGCAGCCACUCAUCCCAUGAGGAACACACAGGCUCCCACCCGCUCUUCGGACACGGCGAGUGCAAGUGGCCCGGCUGUGAGGCUCUCUGUGAGGACAUGAGCCAGUUCAUCAAGCAUCUGAACAGCGAGCACGCCCUGGAUGAUCGCAGCACUGCGCAGUGCAGGGUGCAGAUGCAGGUGGUGCAACAGCUGGAGAUCCAGCUGGCUAAGGAGAGUGAGCGUCUGCAGGCGAUGAUGACCCACCUGCACAUGCGUCCAUCUGAGCCAAAGCCUUUCAACCAACCUCUGAACCUGGCCUCCAGCGGGGCCCUGCUGAAGCGGGAGAGUGAGAUGUACCCCGAGGGCCUGGCACACCCCCCCACCUCGGCCGCGGCCCCCAUCACGCCCCUGCGGCAGGGCCCCUCCGUCAUCAGCUCCUCCAGCCUGCACGCCCUGGGGCCCGUACGCCGCCGCAACUCCGACAAGUUCUGCACCCCCAUCGCCUCAGAGCUGGCGCAGAACUGCGAGUUCUACAAAAACGCCGAUGUCAGACCUCCCUUCACCUACGCCUCGCUCAUACGACACGCCAUUCUGGAAGCCCCUGACAGACAGCUGACUCUAAACGAAAUCUACAACUGGUUCACACGCAUGUUCGCCUACUUCAGGAGAAACACGGCCACGUGGAAGAAUGCCGUGCGGCAUAACCUGAGCCUGCACAAGUGCUUUGUGCGGGUGGAGAACGUGAAGGGCGCGGUGUGGACUGUGGACGAAGUGGAAUACCAAAAGAGGAGACCACCAAAGAUGACCGGGAGCCCCACUCUGGUGAAGAACAUGAUUUCAGGGCUGGGCUUUGGGUCGCUCAACGCCAGUUACCAGGCUGCCCUGGCUGAGAGCAGUCUCAGCCUGCUGAACAGCCCCUCCCUGGUGAACAGCUCUCCCGGGGCCAGUCUGAACAUGCUGCACGUGGGGCACGAUGAUGUGAGCAGCACUGUGGAGCAGGUCAACAGCAACGGGAGCUGCAGCCCCGGCCUGUCCCCCCAACAGUACAGCCACCAGAUCCACGUGAAGGAGGAGCCCACUGAGAUGGAGGAGGACAGCCGGCCCAUGUCGCUCAUGGCAACCGUCACUCAGAACCUGGGGUUGCCGGGCGACGAGCGCGACAUGGAGGACGACCUACCGGCAGAGGAGCUGGAGUAAGGGGCGGAGCCCGGCCUCACGCUGCCUCCCCAUUGGUGUAAAGUAGAUCAACCACACAAAAAAAAGAGAUACAAGAAGAAGAAAAAAAAAAAAGCGACACAAGAGAAAGAAAAACAAAAAAAAAUAAAACAGGGUUCGACCUCAUCCGCUCGCCAACGUCAGUCCAACGCCACCGCGCAGACCCACGCUCCCAACGCCCCCAACGCCCUGCUGCACUGCGCCCUCCGGUCCGUCUGCUCGUGUGCAGCGGGCCCCUCCCUCAGGCCUUUUCAUUGGCUCUGAGGCUGUUUCAUCACGGACCCUCAGUAAAAUGUGCCACACACACUUCCCUCCCCAAGACCAAGAGAGCAAACGGCUUGAAGUGGCAUCGCAAACGUCAUUGUCCGUCAGAAUCCUCUAUACAUGCAGGUGUGUGAGUAUGUGUACAUGCAAGCGUGCACGCCAAAACCUGUACAUAUUUUGGGAGUAUUUCUUGGAGGUGCCUACCUCUCUUAAAAAAUAAAAAAAAAAAGUCCUAUUGGUUCUUUUUGGCAAGAAAAAAACAAAACAAGACCUUGCUUUGAGGCAGAGGUGAGGGUGGUGGUGUUGAAGAUUACCUCAGAAAUCUGUUCACUCAACUAAGAUCCCUGAUCAGUUUCUGAAACUGAA